AUGAAGUGGGCCGUCAUGACACCCGACGGUAAUGAGUACGCCCUGGCUAUAUUGGAAUAUAAAAACUCCCAUACGAUAAAUGCCAAGGACUUCGAAACCGCGAAGGCAGAAACAGAAGAAGAAGCAGAUGAAAUGGAGGCAAGAGCAUAUGAUAAUGACGAUGGGGAAAUUACCCUUCUCUCCAAUAAUGCAGUAAUUCUGGGCAAGCAAUGCGCAAAAUAUGGUAAAUCAGCGAAGCGUGUUGGUUUGUUUGACUACUUAUCAUUGUUUUUGUGGGAAUUCAAGGCAGACGAUGUCGAUGGGUACCAAUACGACCGUGGAUUUCUGUUCUCAGAAACCGGAGAAGGAGGGAAUAUGACCUUCCGGAAAUUACUGUUUGCAUGGAUCGCAGACGCUGUUGAGGAAUGGAAAGCUAGCAAUCUUCUAGAUGAGCGAGCAAUUGUGAAUAUUUAA